AUGUCCACAGAGGACCCUUUUGCUUUCCUCGGCGAGGAACAGAAACAGACCCACGGCAAGAAGCCGCAUUGGAGGGAGAAAUUGUUUUCCAAGGACAAGAAAGCCAGAGGAUCUACAGACCAACAGAUUGAGGCAUUCUUGGGACCUACUCGCUCCAAGUCUCUGUCCUACGGUGCAACAACCACUCAGCGCGAACUGCGGCCGCUGCGUCCGGAUGCUGCCAGUCGCUGGCCCUCUGCCCAGGAUGUGCUCAGUGCCUCGUCCUCAAUCGCCGCUGCCCAUGUUGUUACUCCAGUAGCGGACUUCACAAAACCCCCAUACAAGAGUCGUCCUCGAAAAGGAGUGAAGGUGAGGUUUGCCGAUCGGAAGCCUGAAGUCAUCGGAGAAGGAGGAGACGAGGUAGAGGUUCCAACAAUGGAAAUAUCUUUGUGUCGAAACAGAGCUCAAAGCCUGGAAUCAACCGAGUCAGACAGCCAGUCCGAGCCGGAAGCACCUCCUCAAUUGCGUCUCGACACCUCGUUCGGAGGAAAUGAUGCGCCUAAGCCCCGUGAAAAAAGCCGCGAACAUCCUAAGGCACUAGCACUUGGAACGAGAGCAGAGGACUGGAAACCUCUUCUCCUCCAUAAUGCCCAGGAUGCGGAUUUCUUGAUGACCCUGAGUCUGGGAGAAAGAGGCUCCCGUCUGUCAUUUAGAGCCUCCCCAGAGUCGAAUUCGUUUGCGCAACGCGUUCGGGCGAAGAUGCAAGCUGAGGAGGGUCUUGCUUUGCAACAUCGACUCUCGGAUCCUAUGUCGCCCGGCGAUGAGAACGAAACUCAAUCUCCGGCUCUAAGAGUUCCGGAUAGCCCUAGUUCGACCUACGAGACGCCGCCGAUUUCUGAGACAGAGCCAACCCCUCCGGAAAACCCAUUCAAAGACUCUCCGAGUCCUCCCUCGGUCACCCGGUCUGUGGCGUCGGAGAGACCUGUUCUUUCUCCGGUUCUGUCAACAAGUAGCAACAUGCAGACUCUUUCCUCCCCGAUCCGCCAGCCGAAUCCUAACCUACCCGUUCCAGAAGUUGCAAGCCGACCGUCUAGUAUAGACGCGCGAGAAACCUCUCGCAGUCCACAGCCGCCGAAGUUUUCUCUCAAGUCUAUUGCCAAUCAGCUAGGUGACACUGCUUUCGCAGACUUGAAGGGGUAUGUGAUACAAUUUCGGGACCCAAUUGAGAUUGCCGCCGAAAGUGCAAAGCCACUUGUUGGAACCCCACUCUCAGAAUGGAUGAGGGCAGCCUUGUGGUGGUUUCUGCGUGGAAAAAAGAGACUAGAAGCCUAUGCGCGAUCGCGCCCUUCGAGUUCGAGUUCUGGUGUCCGGUCACCCCAGACUCGACCCGCAGAGAGCGCGAAGCAAGCGGUCGUUGAUCUCGCCAAGGCAUUGUGGAUUACGGAGAACAUCGUCCCUCAACAUGAGGAGCUGGCUCGAUACGGUUCGAUGAGUGUGGAUGCUUUGCUUGCUGUGGCAAGUACGACUGGGAACAAGGAGCUGGCAGAUCUUCUAAGCCUGAGUCAAACCAUAUCGAAUCAUUUGCGGUCGUUGGCAAUGUCUAUCAAGAGGAACAAUAUUCUGAUGACUCUGGCGCAGGAACGUUCUCCGAGUGACAUUGACAGCACCGUCUGGGUCCAGUAUCCUGCUUUUGCGCCCGAUGUUGCUGCGAUUUUAUCGGGAACGGCGACGAAAUCUCUCCUAGCUGACACCUCUGGGAAAGCACACAGCUUCGUGCAGAUGAUGCCACUUGGCGAUACAAACCGCUAUUUCAGCUAUGGAAGCAUGUUUGUCGACGUCUGUAUCACAUCGAGCGACGAUGAUGACAAGCAACAUCCUAUACCAUGCGCUUUGUCUAUAAUCCGGGAUAGGGCUGACUGGUACGUUUUUGCGGCCAUAACCAGCCAGAGCGAUCUGGUCAAUAUCGUGAUACAAUCCGAUAAGAAGAAUGGUCCUACGUGGGAAAGUGUUAAUUGGCACGUCCGAUCACACUCAAUGCGCGUUAAGCUUCCCCGCGGUUUUGAGUUACAUGUUCAAUUCCUGGAAGAGGAUUUUAAGAACAUCUGGAACAUUGUUCAGUACACCUCCAAGACCGAAGCGAGUCUCAAGCCAGAGAAAAACGAGACAUUGAUUUACGAGAACACCCUCAAGACUUUCCGCUACAUUGACUCUGUAACUCCCAAAGCUUUCCCUUCCGAGCCUGUGGAAAGAUGUCGCGUACGCCUCUUCGAGAGAAAUGUACCGUUGACUGAGGGCACAGGCCAGCGUAUGCAGCACCAGGGCUUCCGGAUAGCGAUACUUACCAGUCCGAAAAUCAAGACUCUGAGCAGUGUGCGUCACAUUCUCGGAAGUGGCACCCCUAUAGUCUUCGGCCUUCUCCGUGGUGACGAUGGGGCACCCGCUCUUCUUCUGAAAGUCAAAGAGGAUGGUAGAACCAGGUCUAUGCUGAUGGCAUUCGAAGAUCUCGAAGAGCGAACAAUGUUGCAUUCUCUCCUGUUGGGAAUCCUUCCGCAGGAACGGGAAGCGAAAUCAUCGGAUAUCUCUAUUCGGGCCUUUACACUUGAGCAGCCCGCGGAUCGAGCUGCGGGAAAACCAGCUAAGGAACAUAUCCAAUUCCCCGCUGGCACGAUCUCGAUCAUCGAUGAGCAGUAUACACGACCGGAUCAUGGUUAUGGUCCUACCGUUCUUUCGGAGCAUUUGCGUGCCUUCAUCGCGACGGAGUGGGGUUCGGUUACGGACCGUCUCAAUCUCGGCCCUGGUGAGUUGAAGCUUGGUCUUGAUGUCAACAAUCGAACAGGCCUUAGCCUAUAUCGACCAGGCCAGAGAGAUCUUACUGUUUCCGUUGCGGAGAACAUGGUAAUUCCCGAGAUGCCUGAUAAAUUGACCGAUUCUCUCUCCAAAAUCAUGGCAAUCCCGACAAUUCGACGCUUCGACUUUGCAACCGUGCAAGAUCUCCACACAUUUCAACAGGCCGUGACAGGGUUCAAGGUGCUUUUUGAUAGUGUGGCCUCAUCAUUCGCCAUAUCACGGCGUCGUAUGGUGGUUCCCAUCACCAAGAAAUGGGAAUCGAGCCUCGCCCGGGUCCAGGUUAUUCGCCGGGACAGAGUCGUGCAACUGGUGGCUUUCCUGAGCGAUUUCCAGUAUGGCAGAUGUAUGAACUUCGUUCUCAAGGGCACAGACACUCUCGAGCCGUUCGGCAAAUCCGGCAAAUUCGGCGUCCGCAUUGUCGAUGCUAAAUUUGCGUUGCCGAAACCCGACGACGAUCCUGCCUCCAACUUUGUUUCUCUGGAUACACCUGAUUACCCAAUGGAGCAUGACGAUAUCUCGAUUGCCUUCGACUCUGAAGCAGAAAUGGGAACUUCCACGCGCUCACUCCAUGCGGAUGAUGCUCUAAAUGUGGUUUCAGAUGUUGCUCCUCCAAUUCACGUUGCCACUACUUUCCGGUACUCCGAUAACCCUGACGAUCUUGUGCCCUUCGCAGACCUUACAGACGACAACGAGCGGGACAAAACAGCACACAUAUACUCGAGAUUGUCGGCUCCCAGUUCUACGCGCUUUGAAGCCAUUCUCUCAUCCCUUCUCAAUGGCGAGGCCAUCAGCUACUCUUCCGGCUUGUCAGCCCUGCAUGCUGCCCUAACGCUGCUCAACCCUCGCCGUAUCGCGAUUGGAAAUGGCUACCAUGGGUGUCACGGUGUGAUCGCACUUUUCAGCCGCGUAACUGGACUUCAGAAGCUGGACCUCGACUGUCCCGCGGAGCAAUUGGAAGCAGGUGAUGUAAUCCACUUGGAAACGCCGGUGAAUCCCGAGGGAACCGCAUUCAAUAUCGAAGCAUACGCCAAGAAGGCGCACUCGCGAGGGGCGUACCUUAUCGUCGACGCUACGUUUGCACCUCCGUUCCUCCAAGAUCCGUUCAAGUGGGGCGCCGAUCUGGUCUUGCAUUCGGGGUCCAAAUAUUUUGGGGGCCACAGCGAUGUUUUAUGCGGUGUGCUUGCCACUCAGCGCGAGGACUGGGCUAAGCAACUACUUCAGGACCGGAUCUUCCUGGGCAGCGUUAUGGGGAAUAUGGAGAGCUGGCUGGGUGUGAGGAGCCUGCGGACUCUCGAAGUGCGGGUUCAACGCCAGAGCGAGAACGCGACUAAGCUUGUUUCGUGGCUACAUCAAGCGCUUUCCGACCAGAACCCUGCUUCUGGUAGCGACGAGGCUUUGGUUCAGGCAGCUCUUGACAGUGUGCUUCACGCGAGUCUGCAGAAGGGAGAUGAGUCGUGGUUGUUGAAGCAGAUGCCUAAUGGAUUUGGACCUGUCUUUUCGAUUAUCACGAAGACGGAAGAUUACGCUCGCAAACUCCCUAGCAAGCUUGCUUUCUUCCAACAUGCUACUAGCCUUGGAGGAGUUGAAACGCUUAUUGAAUGGCGGACUAUGUCGGAUACCACAGUCGAUCGCCGGUUGCUGCGGAUUAGUGUUGGUUUGGAGAAUUGGGAGGAUCUUCGCCAGGACUUGGUGACUGCAUUCAAAGCUUUAACCGAGAGCAACUAG